AUGAGCAAGGCCCUGGAUCGCAUCUCCCAGUCGCCUUUCACGCAUAGAAUAGAGAGGGCAGAGCUUCCUCGGUGGUUCCAUCAACCAACAUUUGCCAUAUACAAUGGUUGGACUGACCCAGUAGAGCAUGUAAGCCAAUUUAAUCAGAGGAUGGCCGUCCAUUCCAGGGACGAGGCCUUAAUGUGUAAGGUGUUUCCGUCCAGCUUGGGACCUAUGGCGAUGAGAUGGUUUGAUGCCCUUAAACCGAAUUCCAUAGAUUCCUUUAAACAGCUGACACAGGCUUUUGCUUCCUGCUUCAUUACCAGCAGCAGAGUCCCUCGGCCCCUAGAUUCCCUCCUAUCCUUGUCCAUGCGGGAAAGGGAGACACUGAAGGCCUACUCAAAUAGGUACUGGGAAAUGUAUAAUGAGAUAGAAGGAAAUUACGAUGACGUCGCCAUUAGUACAUUCAAGAAGGGCCUGCCGACAGAGCACGGCUUAAGAAAGUCCCUCAUUGGGAAGCCAGUCACCAGCGUGCGCCAACUCAUGGACAGAAUUGACAAGUACAAAAGGGUUGAGGAAGACCAGCAGACGGGGAAGGGAAAAGCUAAGGUUGUCCCUUAG